AUGUCGACAAACUCCUCUGAGAGAACUGUGACCACCGGCGCACCACCGCCGGCCACCACCCCAAACACCCUAUCUACAGCCCACCACUUCGUCUCCAUCAAACUCACCUCCCGGAAUUUCCUUUUUUGGCGCACACAGCUCGUGCCCUUUCUCCGGGGACAGGGUCUGCUUGGUUACGUAGACGGAGAAACCCCCUGCCCGCUGCCGAUGAUUGAUCCUCCGCCGUCCGACGACUCCGGCGCCACCACGGCUGUACCUCAGGCGAAUCCAGCGUACAGGUUGUGGACACAGCAAGAUCAGUCCAUCCUCUCUCUUCUGAUUUCAUCACUAUCAGAAGAGGUGAUGUACUUGGCUGUUGGUCGGAACACGUCGCGGGAGGUCUGGCAGUCCAUCACCGUUGCUCUCGGUUCGUCGAAGCGUGCGCGUUGCAUGAAUUUACUCGGGCAGUUCCAAUCGUUGCGUCAAGGCAACAGUUCCCCGGCGGAGUUCCUAGGCCGUGCGCAGCUUCUAGUCGAAGACCUCGCACUCGCUGGCCGGCCGGUAUCAUUAGACGAACAGAAUUUGUUCAUUUUUCGGGGUCUACGCCCGGAGUUCAGGGCCAUGGCGGCUUCGCUAACAGUUUCAGGUAAUCCGAUCACCAUCCCGCAACUGUCGGAUUUUUUACAGGCGCAAGAGUUCAUACUUGCGGAUGAUUACCCGGCGCCGGCUUCUGGAGUCUCGCAUUCCGGUCUGUACACUGCUCGUGGCGGACGCGGCAAUGGUGAGGGAAAUUCCCGUGGUGGACGCGGCCGAGGAGGUCGUGGCGGGAAUGGACGUGGCGGCCGCAAUGGUCGUGGAAAUCCGCCGAGAUGCUAG